AGAGCUUUCUCAAACCUGGAGUGUCUGCCGCACUUUGCAAGGACACCGAAGAGGGGGCACGUCAGCGCUCCUACUUCCUCCCGACGCCGCCUCUGAUUGGCUCCCGGGCUUAUAAGAAACCAGUGAAUGAGCGGCUGGUGCUGGCAGAAACUUGCUGGAGGUCUUUGGGUGGCAUCGCCGUUUCGCCCUCAUCUACCCGCGGGCGAGCCAAGCCCGGGGAGGAUGAAGUCGUCCUGUGUCCUGCUCACCGCCCUGGUGGCGCUGGCUGCCUAUUACAUCUACAUCCCCCUGCCCAGCUCCGUGUCCGAUCCCUGGAAGCUGAUGUUGCUGGACGCGACUUUCCGGAGCGCACAGCAAGUGAGCAACCUGAUACACUACGUGGGCCUGAGCCAUCAUCUGCUGGCACUGAAUUUUAUCAUCGUUUCUUUUGGCAAGAAAAGCGCACGGUCAUCUGCUCAGGUGAAGGUGACCGACACUGACUUUGAUGGUGUGGAAGUCAGAGUGUUUGAAGGCUCUCCAAAGCCAGGAGAGCCGCUGAAACGCAGCGUGGUUUAUAUCCAUGGAGGAGGCUGGGCUUUGGCAAGCGCGAAAAUCAGGUAUUAUGAUGAACUGUGUACAGCAAUGGCCGAGGAAUUGAAUGCUGUCAUCGUCUCCAUUGAAUACAGGCUAGUUCCAAUGGUUUAUUUUCCUGCACAAAUUCACGACGUUGUACGCGCCACAAAGUACUUCCUGCGGCCGGAGGUCUUACACAAGUAUUCGGUUGACCCAGGCAGAAUUGGCAUUUCUGGUGACAGUGCUGGUGGGAAUUUGGCCGCUGCCCUGGGCCAGCAGUUUAGUCAAGAUGCCAACCUAAGAAACAAGCUCAAAGUGCAAGCUUUAAUUUAUCCAGUUCUUCAAGCUUUAGAUUUUAACACACCCUCAUAUCAGCAAAAUGUGAACACCCCAAUCCUGCCCCGUUACGUCAUGGUGAAGUACUGGGUGGACUACUUCAAAGGCAGCUAUGACUUUGUCCAGGCCAUGAUAGUGAACAAUCACACUUCACUGGAUGUGGAAGAGGCUGCUGGCCUCAGGGCCCGUCUAAACUGGACGUCCCUCUUGCCCGCAUCCAUCACAAAGAACUACAAGCCUGUCGUGCAGACCACUGGCAACGCCAAGAUCGUCCAGGAGAUCCCUCAGCUGCUGGAUGCCCGUUCUGCCCCACUCAUCGCAGACCAAGAAGUCCUGCAGCACCUCCCAAAGACCUAUGUUCUGACAUGUGAGCACGAUGUCCUAAGAGACGAUGGGAUCAUGUAUGCAAAGCGUUUGGAGAGUGCCGGUGUGGAGGUGACCCUCGACCACUUCGAGGAUGGCUUCCAUGGGUGCAUGAUUUUCACCAGCUGGCCCACCAACUUCUCAGUGGGAAUCCGGACUAGGAAUAGUUACAUCAAGUGGCUGGAUCAAAACCUGUAAAGGAGUAAAAUUUCUAGAAAGCUUGAGCCCCUCCUGACCUCCUGCACCUGCUUUGGAAAGACACGCACUUUUUAGUCGACUAAUUUCCCCUUGUUACUUGUGAGUUAUGGAAUCUCUAUUCUCUGCAGACUUCAUGUUAAUUUAAUUUUUUUAAAUGCAUUUGACUAACGUAAGUGCAAAAACACCUGAAUCUGGUUCUGAAAGUGGUUGUUUUAGCCAAACUACUACUAAUACCCACAGCUGCAGAAAGCAGGACUAGGAGCUGGAAAUAGCUCUGGGUCCUGCCUUAGUCAAGAAGUUCUUUUUAGAAGAAAUUCUUCCAGCCAUGGAUGAUAGAGUGAUGUUGAAUGAGUUAAGAAAAUGUAGGCUCUUCCUCAGCUUGCUAGAGUUUGCUUUGAGUUCAGAGCAGUGUUAAAUGUGUGUACUUUAAGGUCAGUGCUGGGUACCAAGUGCCCUCUGUUCUUCAUGAAUGGAUGGUUUUGUUUCCUAUGGGAAUUUCGGCAAUGGCGUUCUAGCAAGGACAGGUUCCUCAAAUGACUUUCUUCCUUUAUCAUGUUAAUUUUAUGAGAUAGCUAUCUGUAAGUCCAGUUGGAUGAUGAUGAUACUUGAAAGUUACUUUCUACCACUAUUAUUAAAAAAUAUAAGGUUUGCAUGCACUGGAUAUCUGUACAUUGUUAAGUUCUUUGGUUAUGCCGUCUCCUUGGGGGAGAUCUUUGGGAGCAAAUUUAUUUAGAUUUAGAAUAAAUUUUCCAUUACAGAACAAGUAAAAACAAAUGAACCAACCUAUUGUUUUCAUAAUGAAUACUUCUGACAUGAAUUACCAAGAGCAGUAUGUAUAUAUUUGGCGUAGUCAGAAAAGAAGAUACAUUUAAUAUUAGUUUAAAAUUAUGAAAAAUACCUUUAGAGGGUCUAGUUUAUUCUUGAAAACUCAACUUUUUCACUUACAUGGCUUUAAAGUGGGGCUAUUUUGGUAUAUAUAAUGUAUUGUUUAUUUUUUUAAGUUAUUUAAUGUUAAUAUAUGUGGCUAGACUUAAGAUUUUUCGGAAUAA